GAUAACCGUUGGAGCGCGCCGUGCGAGAGAACACCGAAGAUGCCCAGCGCCUCUUUUACGGCCUCGCGGUCGUACGUGCGGCGAUCCCGAAGGAAAGGCGCAAACAGGAUACCCACACCUUCGAGAACGACGUCUGAACCGUGCGAGCCGUCAUGUCCCGUCCAGCCUAACCAGAACGCGCCCGCACCAUCCGCCCUCGCUGGCAAUCCUCUCGGCGGGCAGCAACAAGGGGCGUUCGCCCCGCCCGGCCCCAGUGCCGGGGGCGGCGUAGUGGCGGCCGCGGCUGCCGCUGCCGCCCACCAGUCGCCGUACGAUUUGCGACGCAAGUCGCCUUCGCACAAUCACGGGGGCGGCGCACCCGCCGUCGACGGUGGCCCCGGGCCCAGUACGAGCGCCGCGACGGCGAGCGGCAGCCCCGCCUCCCCGACGACACCCUGCAACGUGCCCGUCGCGCAGGGCGCUUACAGUUCGGUAAUGCAACCCGCGAGGAAACGGCCCAGACGGACCUGCUCUGCAUCUUACGAAAAUUGUACAAAUACCGCCGCUCACUACUUGCAAUACGAAUUGCCGGACGAGGUGUUGCUCACCAUAUUCAACUACCUGCUCGAGCAGGACCUGUGCCGUGUGAGUCAGGUGUGCAAGAGGUUCCAAGUGAUCGCCAACGACACAGAGUUGUGGAAGCGCCUGUAUCAGAACGUGUACGAGUAUGAUUUGCCGCUGUUCAAUCCGGCGCCGUGCAGGUUCGAGUUUGUUAGCUCGGACGAGUCGGAAUUGGCGAAUCCGUGGAAGGAGUCGUUCCGGCAACUGUACCGGGGCAUACACGUGCGCCCUGGCUAUCAAGAUUUGAGCUUUAAGGGCCGCAAUUUGGUUUAUUUCAACACCGUGCAGGGCGCCCUAGACUACGCUGACGAGCGAAGCGGCAGCGGCGGCACUUCCACUGGCCUGGUCGGUGGGGGCGGGGGCAGCGUGUGCGGGAGCCACCCGCCCGACGGAGGCGGUCAGGGGGCGUUGAUUUUCCUGCACGCCGGGACGUACCGUGGCGAGUUCCUCGUUAUCGACUCAGACAUCGCGCUGAUCGGCGCCGCGGCCGGCAACGUUGCCGAAUCGGUCAUACUGGAGCGGGAAUCCGAGUCGACGGUCAUGUUUGUCGAGGGCGCGAAAAACGCCUACGCGGGCCAUUUGACUUUGAAGUUUUCGCCGGAACCUGCAUCGGCCACGCCCCACCACAAACACUACUGCCUCGAGGUCGGGGAGAAUUGUAGCCCCACCAUCGACCACUGUAUUAUCAGGAGCACGUCGGUUGUGGGGGCGGCUGUUUGCGUCAGCGGCGUCGGCGCGAACCCCGUGAUCCGGCACUGCGAUAUAAGCGACUGCGAGAACGUCGGCCUCUACGUCACCGAUUACGCGCAGGGCACCUACGAAGACAACGAAAUCAGCCGCAACGCGUUGGCCGGCAUCUGGGUGAAGAAUUACGCGAACCCGAUCAUGCGUCGAAACCACAUUCACCACGGCCGCGACGUCGGCAUCUUCACCUUCGACAACGGCCUCGGCUACUUCGAGGCGAACGAUAUCCAUAACAACCGGAUCGCCGGGUUCGAGGUGAAGGCGGGCGCGAACCCCACCGUCGUCCAUUGCGAGAUACACCACGGCCAGACCGGCGGAAUUUACGUCCACGAGAACGGCCUCGGCCAAUUCAUCGAUAACAAGAUCCAUUCGAACAACUUUGCGGGCGUGUGGAUCACCUCCAACAGUAACCCUACCAUUAGACGGAACGAGAUCUACAAUGGACACCAAGGCGGCGUGUAUAUCUUCGGCGAGGGGCGGGGCCUCAUCGAGCACAACAACAUCUACGGCAACGCGCUGGCCGGCAUCCAGAUCCGCACCAACAGCGACCCGAUCGUCAGGCACAACAAGAUCCACCACGGGCAGCACGGCGGCAUCUACGUCCACGAGAAGGGCCAGGGCCUGAUUGAAGAGAACGAGGUGUACGCAAACACCCUGGCCGGCGUGUGGAUAACGACGGGUAGCACGCCUGUGCUGCGUCGCAACCGCAUCCACUCGGGCAAGCAGGUGGGCGUCUACUUUUACGACAACGGCCACGGCAAGCUCGAAGACAACGACAUCUUCAACCAUCUGUAUUCGGGCGUGCAGAUCCGGACCGGCAGCAAUCCGGUGAUUAGGGGCAACAAGAUAUGGGGCGGUCAGAACGGUGGCGUGCUCGUUUACAACGGCGGCCUCGGCCUCCUCGAGCAGAACGAGAUAUUCGACAACGCGAUGGCCGGCGUCUGGAUCAAAACGGACUCAAAUCCGACGCUCAAGAGGAACAAGAUUUUCGACGGACGCGACGGCGGCAUCUGCAUCUUCAACGGCGGCAAGGGCAUUCUCGAGGAAAACGACAUAUUUCGUAACGCACAGGCGGGCGUGCUCAUCUCGACUCAGAGCCAUCCGAUCCUCCGACGAAAUCGGAUAUUCGACGGUUUGGCUGCGGGCGUCGAGAUCACGAAUAACGCGACCGCCACGCUCGAGUUCAACCAGAUUUUCAACAAUCGUUUCGGCGGGCUAUGCCUGGCCAGCGGCGUGCAGCCGAUCGUGCGCGGCAACAAGAUAUUCAGCAACCAAGACGCGGUCGAGAAGGCGGUCGCGAACGGCCAGUGCCUCUACAAGAUUUCGUCGUAUACGUCGUUCCCAAUGCACGACUUCUACCGAUGCCAGACGUGCAAUACUACCGAUCGCAACGCCAUCUGCGUCAACUGCAUCAAGACGUGCCACGCGGGUCACGAUGUCGAAUUCAUCCGGCACGACAGGUUUUUUUGCGAUUGCGGUGCGGGAACGCUGACCAACCAAUGUCAGCUGCAGGGCGAACCCACCCAGGACACGGACACGCUGUACGAUUCGGCGGCGCCGAUGGAGUCGCAUACGCUGAUGGUGAACUAGGUGCGGGUGGCGCUACGCCGCUUCCAGGUGUUCCUGUUUUUCGGACUCUCGGUCGGAUGACGCCUCGGACCGAGGCGACCAUCCGCCGCCGAUUUAUUUAUACGAAAGGAUUUAUUAUUUAAAUACACGUGCGUAUAUAGUGCGCGCGCGAGGUGGGGGGACAUCGUCCCCUCCUCCUCCAUGAAUCUCGUCGGAACGCGCAGAAUAGGUUCGUUAGUUUCGGCUUUUUUUUUUUAAAUUAUUGUCACUGUUUAAGUUUAUACACGCAAGUAUCCUUUGAGAGCGAGUUGUUUGUUGUGCUAUUAUUAUUAUUAUUAUUAUGAUUAUUAUUAUUAUUAUUAUCGUGCGUCGGACGAAGAAUGGAAAAGGACCAGAAAGACGUUUCUCCGAUGUAAGUGCGAAUUAAUUUUAUUUAUUGUGUUAAAGUGCGCGUGCGCCGCCUAUUGAAGAUUGUGGAGGGCUACGAGGAGAUACGUCGGUAAGCUCGCGUUUUGAGAAGGAACCUACUAUUCACAUUAACUCGGAGUAAAUUGAUUAUUUAUUUUUAACAGUUAUUGAGGACGACGAUUAUAAAAUCCCUGCCCUCGAGCGGUAGCCUUAAAACGCUUAACUGUAAGCUUGUUCAUCUCAACAAUGCGAUUAAUCUCCUUAUAGAUCGUUGUUGCGUGCAGUGUGGCACCGCGAUAUCAUUUUUAUUCGACCAGUGGCGGUUCGUCGCCGAUGGUAGUGAGUCACCAAAUUAAUAAAAUCUUUAAACGAAAUUUAUCAAAAACUUCAAACUAACUACAGUCCGUGUCUUUAUCUACAGAAAACACUUAUUACUUUUUUUCUGUUAUCACUCAGCUCCACCUACUGUGUGGCAGCAGUAGUAAAGGAGUCUCCCCGAACAAUAAAGCCACGAGCCGCUUCUGGUUUCGGCAGAUGAUCAGUAUUUUCCCAUUCGCCAACGUGCGUGACUGUGUGUGUGCCGUGUCCGUGAUGUUUUCGUUUGUUGUGUAAAUAUAUUGUUGGACGUGAAAUUUUGACUUUUACACUUUGCACCCGCCUCCCACAGGGGCGGGGCGGUCCUCGUCGAUGCCAUGAUUCCUUUGUUGUCAAGCAUAGUGAUCAAUGUAAAGGAGUUUGGGGAGUGUAUCAUUGAUUGGUCCUCAAUUUUUAAAAGGUGUAUAUAAUUUCUUGCCCCCUCCCCCUAUAAUUUGUUAAUUUGUUAUCGCGCGAGGAUGAGAAUCAAGUUUGAGAGUUGCCCCGCGAACCAGGGGCGCCCGGAUAAGUUUGUUGUUUUGAUACUACUGAAGGUUGCGUGUAUAAUAUCCUGUAAAAUAUUGUCUUUUUCUAAUAAUAACCCCCCGCCCCAAUUAAUAACGAAGAAUAUAAUUAAAUAUACUUAAGAGUUUAAGUGGUUAGGCUUAAGAGAACCUUUUAUGUCGGGCUUUAAAUGAUAAACAAGAAAAAAAAUUAAA